AUGGCCUUAACAUCAUGGAAAGCAUUCAACUUCAUCGACGUCUCGCCGGUGAAGCUACCAGAGGACAGCGCGUCGGUAUUCAAUAGUGACCUCUCGAGUAUAUGUACCGGAUCUGCGAACCUCUUCGUUGGUACUACUGAUGGCUUCGUCCACAUCGUCUCCUCGGCCUUCCGCAUCGUGCGAUCUUUCAAAGCUCAUGAUACUGGCUCGAUCACGCAUAUGAGACAGAUCAACGAUACCGCAUUGCUUGUUACAGUCUCGGAGGAUCUGUCCAAUGAACCGGUUCUUAAAGUCUGGGCGCUGGACACGGAGAAGAAAGACGGCGGGCCGCGCUGUCUGUCUACGGUCUCCGUGCAAAAUGCCAGACGCCAAUUUCCGAUUUCUGCCUUCACAGCCGUUGGAGAUCUCUCACAGGUGGCUGUCGGGUUUGCGAACGGGUCGGUGACGAUCAUCCGCGGCGACUUGAUCCACGACCGGGGUGCGCGCCAGCGAAUUGUCUUCGAGUCCGAGGAGCCUAUUACUGGACUUGAAACUCAAAGCGGAGCUGUCACUACGCUGUACAUCUCUACCACAAGUCGCAUCUUGACAUUGGUUAUCGCCGGGCGAGGCCAGGGCCAACCCGCGCGCGUCUUGGAGGAUACAGGAUGCGGUCUCGGGUGCAUGACGUUAGACAAAGAGGCUGGAGAUAUCCUGAUCGCCAGGGAGGAUGCUGUGUACACAUACGGUCCACGCGGUCGUGGCGCGAGCUAUGCGUUUGAAAGUCCCAAGACAUCUAUUGAUGCCUUCCGUGACUAUGUCGCUCUAGUUUGCCCGCCUAAAGCUGGAACUAGCAAAACAGAUCCACUACGUAAAUACACUGCCAGUCCGGCCGAGGAGAUCUUUGGCACUACGACGUUCACACUCCUCGAUACCGAUUUGAAGUUUAUCGCGCAUAGUGAAGCGCUGGUAUCGCCCAUGAAACAGAUUUUCAUGGAAUGGGGCAAUCUGUUUCUCCUUACUACAGAUGGAAAGAUCUUCCGCUAUCGGGAGAAGACUCUCCAGCAGAAGCUCGAAAUACUUUAUGAGCGCAAUCUUUACAUCCUUGCAAUUAACCUUGCGCAGAAGAUUGGAAUCGAUCCGUUGCAACAAAAUGCUAUCUACCGCAAAUACGGUGACUUCUUGUAUCAACGAGGCGAUUAUGAUACAGCCAUGCAGCAAUAUCUUCGCGCAAUUGAUAGCACAGAGCCAUCACAAGUAAUUCGCAAGUAUCUCGACACUCAACGUAUCCACAAUCUGAUUGAGUAUUUGGAAGAGCUACAUGACCACGGCCGCGCUACAGUCGACCAUACCACACUUCUUUUGAACUGCUACGCGAAGCUCAAGGACACAAGCAAGCUUGACUCAUUCAUCAAGGCUCCUGGUGAGCUAAAGUUUGAUCUUGAGACCGCAAUUGCCAUGUGCCGACAAGGAGGGUACUACGAGCAAGCAGCAUACCUAGCAACAAAGCACGGGGAGAAUGAUAUGGUUGUGGAUAUCUUGAUUGAAGACUCGAAAAAAUAUGCCGAGGCAGUGGAAUACAUCUGGCGAUUAGAGCCUGAGUUGGCUUAUCAUAACCUGAUGAAGUACGCCAGAGUUCUUCUUGCCCAUUGCCCUGAGAGGACAGCUGAGUUAUUCAAAGUUUACUAUGCUGGUCAGUACAAACCACGCACGGAGGUCGAAACAUCAUCCGAACCCCAAGCACAGACAACCAGCACUGUCCAAAGUCUUGCCGCGCUUCUUCCUCUUCGGUACAUGAAUGUUGGGGGUGACGCAAAGGCCGAGGAGCAAUCAAUCAAAAAUGCAGAUACAAAUGGGGAUCAAACUGAAGACUCGCCUCCAGAGUACCAGGUUCCCAAGCCUCGAACAGCUUUCUCCGCAUUUGUGGAUCACCCGAAGGAAUUCAUCGAUUUUCUGGAGACGUUGGCACAGAAGCCCGACCUGACUAAGGAAGCCAAAGUAGACCUUUUCACGACAUUGUUUGAGAUGUACUUGGACACAGCAAAGGGAAAGAAAGAUGCCAGCGAAAAGCAAGAGUGGGAGACAAAAGCGAAGAAGCUCAUUGAAGGAAAAGACAUUCCGAUCUCCACCUCAAAUGUGCUGCUUCUAUCUGAUCUGUCAAACUUCCGAGAAGGGUCAACUCUUGUUCGCGAACAAGAAGGUCUACGCUUGGACAUUUUCCGUUCCUUCACAUCAGCAAAAGACACUCAAGGCGCUAUAAAAGCAUUGAGACGCUAUGGCCCUGACGAACCACAACUCUACGUCGAUGCACUGACCUACUUCGCCUCGAGCCCACAAAUCCUCGAAGAAGCGGGCGACGAGCUAGACGCGGUUCUGCAACGGAUUAAUCAAGAUGGACUCCUCUCGCCACUGCAGGUCAUCCAAGCACUAAGCAAUAAUGCCGUCGUUACAAUGGGCCGUGUGAAAAAAUACCUCAGCGAUAACAUCGAGCGUGAGCGCAAAGAAAUAACAGCCAACCGACGCCUAAUAACAAGCUACAAAACCGAGACCGCCACCAAACAACAAGAACUAGACCAUCUAGCAACCCAACCGGUGGUCUUCCAAUCCCGUCGUUGCCAAUCCUGCGGUGGAACCCUAGACCUUCCAACCGUCCACUUCCUCUGCAGACACUCCUUCCACGAACGCUGCCUCAACAAUGUCGACGAAGACGCACAGUGCCCUGUGUGUGCCCCGACAAAUGCCACUCUCCGUGCUAUUCGACAACGGCAGGUCGAUUCUGCUGAUCAGCACGAUCUUUUCAAGGGCGAAUUGUCACGCUCUAGAGAUCGCUUUGGCGUCGUGAGUGAAUUCUUUGGAAGGGGUAUCAUGAGGCCGCAGAAUACUAUGGAGUAG